CACUGGAUGCAUCAGCAGUUUUUUUUUCUUUUUCAGAAGAAUUGUUAAGCUGCAGACAAUGAUGAAAGUUUUGUUCCUCGUGUUGUGUUCAGGAAUUUUGCAGUUUUCAUUUGCUGCAAACCGUCUACGAUACUUUAAUUAUACAGAAGAUCGUUUUAACUGGACUGAUGCAAAACAAUACUGUGUUGACAAAGGGGGAUCAUUACUGAGUCUUUAUGAUGAAGAGGAUGAGAUGAUGAUAUUUAAUUUGACUAUCUCAGUACGAGACACUCUGUUUUGGCUUGGCCUGAAGAAGAAGGAUAAUAAUAUUCUCUUUUGGUCAAAUGGAGAAGUUGUCAAGUUUAACAACUCAACAGUAAACAUUACAGAUGCAGAUCAACUCUGUGAAGCUUUUGAAAAAGGUUCAUGGAUGGGUUUUAAUUGUUCAGAAAAAAAGGCUUUCAUGUGUAAAAAGGAUGAAAAUUUCACCCUUGUGGACGAUGUUAAGAAAAACUGGUGCCAGGCAAUGCAACACUGCAGAACACAUUUCACCGAUUUAGCGAGUAUCAUGAAUGAAGAGGAAAAUAAAGUCCUGCAAGAAAAAAGUCAAGGACAAAACGUUUGGAUUGGGCUUCAACAUAAUAAAUAUGAAUGGGCAGACAAAAGUUGUUCAACAUACCGUUCAAAGUUCAAACAGGAUCCAGAGAAUUCUGAAGAUUGUAUCUCUUUGACUGCCGAUGGAAUUCCCUUUUUUUUUAAUCCAGCACAGUGUAAUACUGAAAACGCAGUCAUUUGUUCUAAAGGCCAUGUGAGAAUCAAAGUAAUCAGAGAGCCCAGAACUUGGGAGGACGCUCUGGAUUACUGUAAAGCCAGACAUUCACGCCUUCUAUGGAUUGAGGAUGAGGAGGACCAGGAAGCUGUCGAACAGUGGCUAAAGUUCACUUACACUGGUUCUUCAAAGCGUUUGUGGAUCGGUCUGAAGCAAAGUUCUGUCUUUGGGUUCUGGAUUUGGAGUGACCGAAUUGUGAACUAUAAGAACUGGGAGAAUGGAAAACAGCCUGAGAUGCCUUUGUCCAAUCAUUGUGGUGUGAUCGAUGCUGAAACCUUCGAAUGGAGUGAUGAAAGUUGUGAUCAUGGUCUACCUUUCCUUUGUGAGGAGGAUAUAAUAUAUAUGAAGACCUAAAAUUACAGCUCUAUUCAUAUGUUGGGCAUCAAUCAGCAGCAGAAAAGCCUAAUGAUGUCAUGUUAACCUAAUAUCUAUCUGUUUAUUUCUCUCUCUCUCUCUGGUGGGUUUGGUUCUAUGUUUAAGUGUUUUUUAUUAUUUUAUGUAAUCGGUGUCCAAAUUUUGAUCUAUAAAUCCAUAUAUUUAAGACUCAAAUGUAUUUCCAAAAGCAAUAUUUAACCCGAAUCAGUUCAGUAUGUGAAAUGUUUUGCCUUUUUGUUUUCUGUUGUGCCGUCUUUGACAAGAAAAGCUUCCAGGUCCGACUGCUAGUAUUUGUGCAAGAGAUUUUGUGUUGCCUUUUUCCAAAUCAAAUAUUUCAAGUGAUUAAAAUUUAUAAGCUGAC